AUGGUCCAGAGCUGGAGGGACGCUCUUAGAAAAGUAGCUGGUAUAGCCGGGUGGUCUGCAAGACACUAUUCUGAAGCAGAAUGGGCAAUGGUGGUUGUUAACCAGAUACGCGAUAAGUUGAACCCUACAUGCCCAGGUACCAGUAAGCAGCUGGUUCCAUUGAAUUUUAAUUCCUUCUUCAUGUACCAAGAAUGGGAUGAUAUUCAGAUUGUAUGGAUAUGUGGGAUGGCUGGAAUGGGCAACGCAACAUUUGCUAGAGCUGUUUACGAUGCAGUUGUUUCUGAGAAAUGUGGUCUGGGUCCUGUACAAGAAGUUUCAGUGGAAUGGAGCACAAGGAUAUUGGAUCCUUCAAGUGAAAUCAAUGAAAUAAAGAGAAAGCUGCAACAUAAGAAAGUACUUUUAAUCGUUGAUGAAGUGAAUAAACAAGAGCAUUUAGUAGAUUUGGCUAGAAAAGCUGAUUUGUUUGGUCCAGGAAGUAUAAUCAUUGCUUCAGCUACAGAUCCAGACAAAAGUGCUCAGCAGAUUAAUGUAAUCAAUAUAAGUUUUGACGGACAGAUGGGUAGGGAGAGGAAAAUAUGUUUAGAUGUGUGCUGUUCUUAG